GAAGGUCCGAGGUUCUCUCAGUCAGAGAUACAUGCUGAUAGACGGAGACAGAGCUGUGACUGGAUCAUACAGCUUCACGUGGUCGGCGUCUCGUCUGGACCGGAACCUGAUCACGGUUCUGAGCGGUCAGGCAGUUGAGACGUUCGACAAACAGUUCCGUGACCUCUACAUGACCUCUAGGGGUGUGUCCCUCGCCAAGGUUCCGCUGGAGGAGGAGCCUAUCCCUGACCUCACCCCCAUCGCCACCCCCGCCCCGGUCUCCGCAGCCGUUGCUAGGAAACUAAUCAACCCUAAAUAUGCCCUAGUUACGUCACAGGCUAAAGCUAACAAUGCUAGCCCAGCUAGCUCUGCUAACGACUCUAGCAACAAGAACUCCACUACCCAAAAUCCACUGGGACGGGUUCUAAAGCCUGCCAGAGAGCCAGUGGAGGCCCCGCCCCUCCACCCAGGACUAGCCAAUCUGGAGAAGGCGUACCUGAUCCCAUACCUGCCCACCUGGCCGGAGCCAGACCCCCCCCGCGACGUGAUUGGCUUCAUCAACGUGAGAGACGCGUCCCGCCCCCAACAGGUCCACCUCCAGAGAAGUCAACAGUUUGAGACCAGCCAGGCCAUCAGGUUCAGCUCUCCCUUCAGCCUACCUGAGAAACCUCUACCUGAGACUGCUACUCUACGGAAUACACAGCACGACAAACACACGCCUGAUACACAGAACCCUGAUACACAGAACCCUGAUACGCCUGAUACACAGAACCCUGAUACGCCUGAUACACAGAACCCUGAUACACAGAACCCUGAUACACCUGAUACACAGAACCCUGAUACGCCUGAUACACAGAACCCUGAUACACAGAACCCUGAUACGCCUGAUACACAGAACCCUAAUACACCUGAUACAUAA